UUGCUCCAACCUUAAACGAAACGUCAAAUUAUUCAUAAAAAAAUGACUGCUUUAAUGGUUCUUGCAAAAUUUUGGUCAGAGUACGCGAAAAGUACACCAAAAAAGCUUAAAAUAAUAGACGCUUAUCUGCUCUAUGUGUUUCUAACGGGUGUUACACAAUUUAUAUAUUGUUGUCUGGUCGGUACAUUCCCCUUCAACAGUUUUCUCAGUGGAUUUAUUUCUUGUGUCUCUUGCUUCGUCCUUGGAGUUUGUUUACGACUACAAGUAAAUCCUCAAAAUAAAAGUCAAUUUCAUGGAAUAAGUCCUGAGAGAGGAUUUGCAGACUUUAUUUUUGCACAUGUCAUUCUUCAUAUUGUUGUAAUGAAUUUCAUUGGUUGA